CUCAUAUUGGACUUUCUGUCACUUCAAGACAGAAACACAGCUGAUACGGAGCCUGGUCAUGUACAUCAGGUCUGCACUGUGGAUCCUUCUCUUCGUCUCUUUCCAGGACGUGUCGCCGCAGGACUCCGACAAUUAUGACUAUGAAAGCUACUACGAUGGGCCCCAGCCUCUGAUCUGCUCGGUCACGGAGAGAAUCAGAGGUGGAAAUGUCACCUACUCACAGGGAGGCCUGGAGGGCAGUGUGCUGACCUAUCACUGCGGCCCGGGACAAUACCCCUCCCCGGUCAGCUUCAGGCUCUGUGAUGCCAAUGGGGAGUGGUCGCCUAUGAGAUCAUCCACUGGCAGACUUGUGUCAGUGGCCUCAUGCAAAGACAUGUUGUGUCCGGCUCAGCUCCAGCUGGAUCAUGGCGAGUUCUGGCCCAGGAACCAGUGGUUUCAUGUUGGGACGACCCAGAGUUUCUCCUGCCAGGAAGGCUUCACCCUGUACGGGUCAGCGGAGAGAAACUGCACUCUGACCGGGGAGUGGACAGGAGACACUCCUGUCUGUGUCAGCCAUGAUGAUGACUGUGAUGACCCAGGGAUCCCACCCGGGGCCCUGAGGUCAGCUAACCGUUUCCACACUGGUGAGAAGGUGACUUACCGCUGUCAGGCCGGUCUGGCUCUGCUCGGCUCGGCUGAAAGGUUUUGCCUGGAGAAUAAAGAGUGGAGUGGCUCAGCUCCGCGGUGUCAAGCCCCAAAUACCUUCGACUCCCCCAGCAGUGUAGCUGCAGCCAUGGCAGGAUCACUUGCAGGAGUGAUGGAUGUGCUCUCACCAGACUCCAAGAGGAAAGGUGAUGACGAAGCCUUUGGUCGAACCUUUCACGUGGAUGAAGGCAGUCGCAUGAACAUCUACAUUUUGCUAGAUACAUCGGGAAGCAUCAAAAAGCAAGACUUUGAUCUGUCCAGGGACGCCACCAUUAAGCUCAUCAGAAAGCUCGACAGCUACGAGGUGAAGAUGAAGUUCCAUGUGUUGUCAUUUGCCAGCAAGGUCAUAGACAUCGUCAACAUCACAGACUCGGAGAUAAGCGAUAAAGCUGAGGACGUUAUAUGGUUUCUGGAGAAGUUCAACUACAACAGCCACGGUCGUCAAACAGGCACCAACCUCUACUCUGCUCUGUACCGUGUCAGCGAGAUGAUCAACUUCUUUAAGCAAAACAGUGCCAAGUACUUUUUCAACGAGACUCAGAACAUCAUCAUCAUAGAAACAGACGGUUUCUCUAACACGGGGGUCAAUCCUCAAAGGGCCCUGGCUCAGAUCCGGAACUUGUUGGACUACAGCCCCACAGCCCAGGAUCACACAGACGAGAGAAGGCUAGAUGUGUACGUAUUUGGCGUUGGGGAGCAAGUGAACAAAGAGGAGCUGAACGCUUUGGCCUCAAAAAAACGUGGUGAGAAGCACUUUUUCACUCUGGAAAGCUAUCAGACCCUGGGAAACAUGUUCAACAGCAUCAUCAGCGACCAAAGUGUAACCAUGUGUGGGCUAGCUCAGGAAGACGAAGGAAAGGAAUCACAAUCUAUACCUGUCUACACCAAGCCCUGGCACGUGACUCUGACUUCAUUUAGUGGUUCAAAGGUGGAAAACCUCUGUUCAGGGUCUAUUCUAAGCCAGAAUUGGGUGCUGACGGCCGCUCACUGCUUUGCCAGAAAGAGCACAGCGACCCCAAAGACACUGGAAGUAAAACAUGGUGAGGGCAGGGUGAAGGUCAGCGAAGUGAUCAUGCACCCAAAGUUCAACGUCUACGCACUUACACACAGAAAUGUAUCUGAGUUUUACGACUAUGACAUAGCUCUGGUUCAGACUAAUGCCAGCAUCCCGCUGUCCUGGAAAGCCAGACCUAUCUGCUUGCCAUGUACCAAACCAGCCUCCAGAGCCCUGAAGAAAAUCAACUCUACCUGUGAACAGCACAGGAAGGAACUUCUAACACACGAGGAGACGCUCGCUCUUUUCAUCCACAAGCAAGAAGACCGUAAGGAGACGCACAUUCACACCCAGACUAAGAGGCCUGGCUGUGUGGAGAAGGCCAUGCUAACGCUGAAAAUGCCCACAAACGUGACUUUGGAUGAGUAUGUACCUGACAGAUUCCUCUGCACUGGGGGCACUGAAAGAUAUAAGGACGCUAUAACCUGCCAAGGUGACUCUGGCGGAUCCCUGUUUCUGCAAAAAAGAAAGCGCUAUUUUCAGGUGGGCGUAGUGAGCUGGGGCACCAUAGAUAUAUGCGACCAAUCCAAGCCGUUAUCCAAGCGUUUCAGCAGCAGCAACCCCCCUCCUGACGCUCGCGACUUUCACAUCGACCUCUUCAAGCUGAUGCCGUGGCUGAAACAGCAUCUGGGGAAUGAAAUCCAGUUCCUGCCUGAAAUCAACUGAGCUGUAUACACAGUCACUCUGCAGGAAUGGGCUGUGUGGGAUUUUUCCACAAUAUAUAUAUAUAUAUAUGAAUGAAUGAUUUGAGCCAGUCAUUGGCAGUGAUACUCAAGCAGCUUUUCAAAACUUUAUUUUCCAAGUGAGUUACAGUGAUUUUCAUAGCAGUGGUGGAGUACACUUGGUUUGUCCAGGUGGCCACAAUGAGUCUACUUAAAGUCUCUGCUGUCACUUUGUAAUUAAAGGUCAUUAGUCACACUGUCUGCAUAUAAAAUAGGACGGACGGGCACUGUGUAGAUGUCAGCUGAAUAAAAAAAAACAACAAGAAGAAAACAAAA